GUCGUCUGUUGCCUGUCGCUGUUGCCCGACUGCCCUGUCGCUAUCGUAAUCGUAAUCGUAAUUGUAAUCGGAAUCGUAGUCGGUCUGCAAUAUGUCUUUUGGGAACAUCGGGAACACAUCGGACUUGGAGUGCGAAAAGAAUGAGUACGCACGGCCGCGUCCUACGGGCAUCGUUACCAAAAUGGCCGCCCACAAGCUCUCCUCGGAGCCGAAAUGGGCCGACAAGCGGGAGGAUGAUUCCGACUCGGAGGUCUCAUCGCCAGAUAAUUUUCUAACCAAAGGCGCCUUUCUACUGACACCCUCCUAUGAACUAUCCAUGGAACGGGCUGCCCUCAUCUGUGAGAAGAUGAGCUUCAAGGGAUGCUUCAGCCUGACGAAAACCGCUACAGGAAUUCUAUUUAAAUUCUCACAUCCAGAUGACUACCAGGCGGUGUUCAAGAAGGGCUUCCACAAGGUCACCGGAGCGCGCUUCUAUCGCAAGAUUGCCAUACCAUGUCGGCCGCGCAAGACCUUCACACUCUAUGUGCUGGAUGUGCCCGAGGACCUGCCCGUUGAGGAUGUCCGUCAUGCCAUGUACAAGUUCGAUUCGGUUGUCGAGGUGGUGCGCCUGCACAUCUACUCGAGCCCCUCCAGCAGCAGCAGCAGCAGCAGCAAUGUCAACGCCAAUGCCUCCUCCGCCGCGGCCACUGCCGCCGCCAGUGCCGAGAAGAGUGCGGAAGGUGAGCAGACCCUACGCAGAGCUGCUGCCCUCCGAAGCGGAUCGAAGAUCCUGGGCGGCUUGAGCGGUUCUGUUGUGGGCGAUGCCAUCGAUAAGGCCGAGCGCCCAGAGCGCCGAGAGCUACCGCCGGCCGUCAUACGCAUCACUCUGGCCUCGAUGGACGAAUACAAUGUCCUGCUGCAGAAUGGGCUCAACUUCUACGAUGCCACGUUCUUUCCCACUGAGGCCAAUAUCUCACUGAAGGGCGCCAGGAUUGACUACAAACGGAGAAUGCUCGAUGGCUCGAUACCGGGGCGUGUGCGCGAACUGUUGCCCGUAUUCGAUGCGGCUGGCUUCUGCAAAUUGCCUCCACCCACCAGCAAGCUAAUUAAGCCCCCGAGGUCAUGAAUCGAUACGAACCGAACCCAGCGAUGCCAAUACGAUGCCCUCCCCCCAACCGAUGCCACAACGACGACGAUCACAUGUUCCGGCUAGAUAAGCAGAUGUCCGGGCCCCACUCCCUUUGACGACAUGGUUUCAGUUUUCAUUUUCAGUUUUAACUUUUAUAUUUACCCCUUACCCUACUCUAUAUACCAUAUAUACUAUAUACAUACAUAUUGAAACUAUAAUAUAUAUAUAAUAUAUAAAUGAUAUUAUACUUCAUCUUCAACUGAUGCCGAUGCCCCAUUGGAUACAUAAUAAUUCCCCUUUUGGCUACCA